CCCAAUAUCAAUCUCUUGAUAUCUUUUGUUACAAGUUCAUUUGAAAUUGAAUCAGAUUAAAGAUGGAGAGCAAAAAGUGUGUGGUGUUGCAAAUGCAAAUUGUAUAUCUUCUUAGCUUGCUUUUCAUGUUUUCUUUAUCACUGGCAGUUACAGAUGAGGAGCAAAAUGACAUGCAAACUUAUAUAGUUUGGGUAGAAAAGCCGGUGGCUCAGGGAUCUUCUGCACAAUCUCAUGAAGAUUUGGAGAGUUGGUACCAUACAUUUUUGCCAGAAAGUACUAUUGCAACCUCAAACCAGCUGUCGAAGCCCCGAAUCGUUCAUGCAUACCACAAUGUGGCGACCGGGUUUGCAGCAAAACUGACACCGGAGGAUGUGAAAGCAAUGGAAAAGAAACCAGGGUUUGUGUCAGCUCAUCCAGAGGCAAUCCUGCCUUUGCACACAACUCACAGCCCCAACUUCUUGGGUUUGAACCAAGGGAUGGGAUUUUGGAAAGGAUCAAACUAUGGUAAAGGUGUGAUCAUUGGAGUUUUGGAUACUGGGGUUUCACCAGAUCAUCCCUCAUUUAGUGACGCAGGAGUGCCUCCUCCACCAGCUAAAUGGAAAGGCAAAUGUGAGUUCAAUGGCAGAGUGUGCAACAACAAGCUUAUUGGUGCAAGAAACUUCAAUGGCAUAAGCACAGGGCAACCUGCAGGAGACCCUCCACUUGACCAAGAAGGCCACGGGACCCACACGUCCAGCACAGCUGCCGGGAACUUUGUCAAAGGAGCUGCGCUGUUUGGAAUGGCCAAGGGCACAGCGGUUGGCAUGGCGCCUCAUGCUCACUUGGCAAUCUACAGAGUGUGCUCUGCAGUGGGUUGUGCCGAAGGUGACAUUUUGGCUGCAAUGGAUGCUGCGGUUGAUGAUGGGGUGGACGUGCUUUCGCUCUCCCUUGGCGGGUUCUCGCGUCCUUUCUAUUCAGAUGUUUUAUGUGAGAGAGGUGGAGCAGGUGGAAGAAUUGACAAAGGAGCAGAAGUAAAAAGAGCUGGUGGAGCUGCCAUGAUUCUCAUGAACCAAAGGAUUGAUGGCUUUAGCACAUUAGCUGACCCUCAUCUGCUACCCACAGCACAUGUGAGUUAUGAUGCAGGGUUGAAAAUCAAGUUCUAUAUAAAGUCAACCACAAAGCCUACAGCCACAAUUUUGUUCAAAGGCACUGUUAUUGGAGAUAAACAUGCUCCGAGUGUUGCUUCCUUUUCGUCAAGAGGACCGAGCACUGCAAGCCCCGGGAUUUUGAAACCGGACAUCACUGGUCCCGGUGUUAGCAUCCUGGCAACAUGGCCUGUUUCAGUGGACAAUGCCACAAAAUCUAAGGCAACAUUUAACAUAAUUUCAGGUACCUCAAUGUCAUGCCCUCACCUAAGUGGCAUUGCAGCCUUGCUCAAGGGCUCACACCCUGACUGGUCACCCGCUGCUAUCAAAUCAGCAAUCAUGACAACCGCUGAUGUACAUAACCUCGGAGGUAAGUCCAUUGUUGAUCAAACACUCAAGGCAGCAGACCUUUUUGCAAUAGGUGCAGGUCAUGUUAACCCUUCAAAAGCAAAUGACCCAGGGCUAGUCUACGACACGCAACCGAAGAAUUACAUCCAAUAUCUGUGUGGUUUGAAUUACACAGACAAACAGAUACAGAUCAUAACCCAACAAACAGUGGAUUGCUCCAAAAUUGGAGCCAUACCAGAAGCACAGCUAAACUACCCUUCAUUUUCUAUUAUAGUUGGCUCCAAUAAAAAGACUAAGUCUCAGCUUUAUACAAGGACAGUGAAGAAUGUUGGGCAGGCAAAUUCAACUUACAAGUUGGAUAUUUUAGCACCAAAUAAAGUGGAUGUGAAUGUGAGCCCUGAGGUGCUUAAAUUCACAAAGGUUAAGCAGACUAUUACAUAUCGGGUGAAGUUUGUUGCACAAGAGGGUGCUGGGAAGGAUGGUGUUUUGUUUGGCCAGGGAUAUUUGAGAUGGGUUUCUGAUAAGCAUAAUGUUACUAGCCCAAUGGUUGUGAUCUUUGGGUCUUAGGGAAGCCAAAAUUUGGAAGCUCAUUGAAGCUCACUUUGUAUGAGUCGUUUCAUGAAGGGUCCAUGUAUGACACUCUCACUAUAGAAUUUCGUCACUUUGUAUACAGCCCA